CGUGUGGGGCUAAUUAAAUUGAGAAAGAAAGCUCUUUUGUUGCUUUAAUGCUAGCACCUAAACCUGUGGGUUGGUUGGAUGACCAGGAUGAGGAAUGGGCCAAGCCGAUCUGUUUUUGGCUCAGAAAGUGCAUUUGCUAGUUCGAAAGAAGCUGAAUCCGGGUUUUUCAAAUCAAAUGAUUCUUCUGUUUCGGAGCAUGCUGCGCAGACUCAAAAGAGGCAAGAGGUUUCUUAUGCCACAGCUUCAUGCCAAUCCUUUGAGUUUGAGUUCUAUGGGUUAGAUUCGGACAGAUUGGUUCUAAGCGGCAGGAGAGGGGAUGAGCUUGAUUACGCACUUGGCUUACUUUCUUUCAUGCCCCCUUUAGCUUUAGGGGACUCUUUUCCUUCUCUCUCUGUCUCUCCCGUAUUUCGUGUAGUGGUGGAAGGAGUCCUAUGCAUUCUAUUCAACUUCACUCGGAACUCGUUCUUAGCUCACUUACUGAACUCGGCUUCGCUCGAACAGCAAAGCAAGGGUAGUGUUAAGUGUCAGGUCUUGGCUCCGAGAAUGACAAGAAAUCAAUGCGGCCAAGUGAGCUUGAGCUUGGUAGUUCCCUACGAGGAAGUGUUGCCCAAAAAGGACUACUCUACAUCGGCCGGGAUUGGACACUAUUCCUUCAUGUGGAUCGAGAAUCUGUGCUUACUUUACUGAAAUCUUAGUAAGGUUCGGAGCGGAGAUUGGAUGUCAUGAUUGAUGAUCGAAACCUUAGUCCGAUUCGCAUGUCUUAAGCAUAACGCUUUCUCUUCUCUUUUCUUUCUCUGUCUAUCAAGCUUCCGGAUAGAAAGAACGUAACUCGAAUAAAAAGCUUUCCACUUC